AUGCCGUUUCCCGCAACUCUGCCAGAUUGGAAUAAUCAUCAAGUGAUUCACAAAGGCACUCUUCCUCCCCGAGCGCACUUCUAUCAAUAUGAAUCCGAAGAGAAGGCUCUGACCUUUGACCGGAGCAAAAGCGAAUACUUGUCGCUCAACGGGACUUGGAAAUUCCGCCACGAUGAGUCCCCGUUUGAGGCGCCCGACUGGGAGUCCGCUGAUCCCUUGAGUUGGGAUGAUAUCCGAGUCCCAGGAAUGUGGCAACUCCAAGGAUACUCGCAUCCGACUUACACCAACGUCAACUACCCGUUUCACGUCAACCCUCCUCAAGUUCCCAAUCUUAAUGAAACCGGGUCAUAUUGGAGAGAAUUCACUACACCAUCCAAGUGGAGUCAGCAGCAGAUUCGUCUUCGAUUUGAAGGAGUUGAUAGUGCCUUUCACCUGUGGAUCAAUGGAAAACAGGUCGGGUAUUCUCAAGGCUCCCGCAACCCCGCAGAGUUUGACAUCAGUUCUUUCCUUGUGUGUGCUGGCUCUGUAAAUACCAUUGCAGUCCGAGUGUACGAGUUCUGCGAUGGCUCAUAUAUAGAGCGACAGGACCAGUGGCUGUUGAGUGGUAUUUUCAGAGAUGUGGGCUUGUUGGCUUUCCCAACAGAUGCUGUUACUGACUUCAGCGCCGUGGCAACGCUCAAUGAGAAGUUAUCAGAGGCAACCCUGACAACGGAUGUUACAGUCCAAGGCGCCGAGGGGAACAUUGACGCUAAGCUAUAUGGCCCGAAUGGUGCAUUGAUUUCAAAGUCCACAUUCUCAUCCGCUGAGCAAAGUAUCAUUCGGGUGGCUGGCACCGACCUACGACUGUGGUCCGCCGAGGACCCAGUUCUUUAUACUCUGACAAUCUCCUUCAAUGGUCGAGUCAUUCCCCAGCGUGUCGGCUUCCGGCGUAUUGAGCUUCAAAACUCAAACUUCCUAGUCAAUGGGGAGCCCAUCAUCCUCUACGGAGUCAAUCGACAUGAGCACCAUCACCUUCACGGUCGGGCAGUUCCUUACGAAAAUAUGCGCGCAGACCUUAUCAUGAUGAAGAGGCACAACAUCAACGCUCUUCGAUGUUCCCAUCAACCGAAUGACCCUCGACUAUAUGAAGUUUGCGACGAGCUUGGCCUAUACGUCAUGGCCGAGGCGGAUCUUGAGACUCAUGGAUUUGAUCCGGUUGAACGUUCCAACAUUCCAAAUCAGCAUCUCAAGACUGAACACGAGAUCCAAGAAGAAUCUUACAGAAGAGCGAAGAAAUGGACAUCCGACAAUCUAGAAUGGAAAGAAGCCUAUCUUGAUCGUGCCAUUGAGCUAGUUGAGCGAUUUAAAAAUUUCUCUUGCAUCAUAAUGUGGUCUCUUGGGAACGAAGCAUUCUAUGGACAGAAUCAUGUCAGCAUGUAUGAGUGGAUCAAAAAGAAGGAUCCAACACGGCUGGUCCACUACGAGGGCGACCGAGAAGCUCUCAGUGCUGACCUCUACUCCACCAUGUAUUGGAGUGUCGAUGCAAUCAAAAGGCACGUUGCUGAGAAGCCCGAUAAACCACUGAUUCAGUGCGAGUAUGGUCAUGCUAUGGGAAACGGCCCGGGAGGCUUGAAGGAAUACAUUGAAGCAUAUCGCAGCGUCCCGCAACUUCAGGGAGGCUUCAUAUGGGAGUGGUGUAACCACGGUCUUCUGAAGAGAGAUGGCGACACUUCAUACUAUGCAUACGGUGGUGAUUUCGGUGAUGAGCCUAAUGAUGCAGACUUUAUUCUUGACGGGCUGGUAUUUUCUGAUCACGAGCCAAGUCCUGGACUGAUUGAGUACAAAAAGGCGAUAGAGCCUGUGACGGUGCACCAUGUACCAGGCUCCGCACGAUCGAAGUUCAUCAAAGUGAUGAAUGAUUACAGUUUCUGCACACUCGAUCAUCUUUCCGUCUCAUGGCAUCUUGUAGAUGACACUGGCAAUACAGAGACCCAGCAAAUUAUUCUGCCGCACAUCAAACCCGGACAAUGCGGGGAUUUGUUCUUUCCUUUGGAUGCCAAACCUGUCAACAAACCCACGUGGCUUUCUGUCAACUUCCGUCUCAAGUAUGAUUCAUUGUGGGCUCCGCGCGGGCAUGAGAUUGCCUGGGCACAAAUCCCUUUGCAUCAGUCGGAGGUGUUUUCUAUUCCCGACUCGUUGACCCUGCCCUCGGAGUCAUUGUCCCUGCGAGAAGGUCGAGGCCGACUACAUAUUACUUCAAAAGAAUCUGGAUCUCAAUUCAACUACGAUCUCGUCCGGGGUAACUUGUCCUGGUCCACCGACGCAGGAAAGAUCUUCCACGGCGGGCCUCUUUUAAGUAUUUACCAUGCUCUAACACAGAAUGAUCUAGGCCCUGAAGGGCCUGGAGUGGAGUGGGAGCGCUUCCGAGUAAAAAGUGCCCGCAUGCUGAUGGAGUCUGCUAACUGGCACGCCAACGACAAUGGAAGCAUUUCCAUCAUUGCCAAAGUGAGGGUUGCACCGAAAGUGCUUGAGUGGGCAUUGGAGGCCACUUUGGAUUACACUAUAACCGACUCGUCGGUCACACUUCAUAUCAAAGGAGACUUCAGCGGCACACAUCCGAAAUAUGUCCCUAGGCUUGGGUUGACAUUGCGUCUACCCCGUCACUAUGAGGCUGCGACAUGGUUUGGCAGAGGCCCUGGUGAAUCGUACCGUGACACAAAGCUUGCUUCUCGCUUAGGCAGAUACACCGCGACUCUUGAUAACGGACUGGAGACUCCGUAUGAGUGGCCCCAGGAGAAUGGCAACCGCGUCGAUACACGCUGGGUCCGGGUGCAUUCAUCAUCUCCAGAUACAUCCUACUCGGCAUCUGCUGGGGCCGAUGCGCCUUACCCGCAGAUAGAAGCCCGGAUGGAUGCGCCGUUUAGCUUCUCUUUGCGUAAAUAUGGCAUUGAUGAAUUAGAUCGCGCAAAGCAUCCACAUGAGCUUUCUGAGCUGAAAGACGAGACUGAGCUCAACAUUGACUAUCUCCAUCAUGGGAUUGGGUCUGCGAGCUGUGGUCCCGGUCCAUUCGAGGGUCACAGAUUGGAGGCUGAAUCGUUUGAAUUCACAACAUAUUUCAAGAUUGUUAAUUGA